AUGACAGCAUUGACAGCAGUGAUCUUAGUACCAGCACCAGUGAAAGCAACAGUGCUAGUCUCGCUGCCACUAGCACCACUGGUAGUGCUCGAGCCACUGCUACCAGACCCAGACCCAGACCCAGAUCCAGACCCAGAGCUAGUAGAACCACCGGAGCUCGACGAGCCACUGCCAGACCCUGACGACCCACUUCCACUGCCGGAAGAUCCCAACCCCGAAGACGACGACGAGCCAGAGCCAGAAGUACCAGUGGUCGACCCACUGCUGGACCCGGACGAUCCACUUCCCGACCCCGACGACGAGCCCGCCCCCCCCCGUACUAGUCGUAUUGACCGCAGCCGCCUUAUACGCCUCGAGGGUAUUCUUCCCCGCCGGCUCAUUCACCACCAUACUCAUACCCUUCUGACAAUGGGUUCCCGUGGUCUGCGCGCAGAAGAUCCAGAUUGGUUUCGUAUCCUUGACGGUGACGACGAAGUUGCGGGGGCCGGGCCCGGCGGCGAGGGGUACGAAGCCGGAGAAGAAGCCGGGGUCGAGAGCCUUGCAGGGGGCGGUGAAGGAGGAUUGGACUACGCUGUGGUUUUUCGGGAAGAAGGAGAAUGUGAGCGUGUCGCCCGGUAA